AUGUUGGAGGGGGAGGUCGAGGAGGACACGGAGGAGGAAGACGAGGCUAGGGAGGUUGAGGAGUCAGAAGAGGAGGGGGAGCAGGAUGGUGAGGAAGAGGUUGCAGAGGAUGAGGCAUGGACGGAGGCUGAGGAGGUGACUAAUGAGGACCGGGAGGAGAAUGGUGAGAAAGAGGAGGCUGAGGAGGCUGACAAGGCUGAGGAUGCUGAAGAGGUUGAGGAGGAGCCAAAGGAGGAAGAGAAGCCUGAGGAAGAGGAGGAGAUGGAGGAGCUGGAGGGGGCUGAAGAGGCUGAGGAAGAGGAGGGGGAGGAAGAGGCUGAGAAGCAGGCUGUUGAGGAAGAGGCUGAGGUCGAGGAGGCUAAGGAGGAGGAUGCUGAAGAGGAUGUGGCUGAGGAAGAGGAGGCCCUAGAGGCCCUGCAGUCAGAGAUGGAGCCAGUGAAUAAACAAGCCAGCAGGUCCUACUCUCGGCUCAAGCUCAGGUUUCAUCAGAGGUGGCAGCAUCAUCUGGAACACCAAAGUGCCCUUAUCCGGGGCAUAGCUGGCUUCUGGGCCAAGGCUUUUGUGAACCACCCCCAGAUGUCAGCCAUGAUCGGUGAGCAGGAUGAAGGCCUCCUUGGCUACAUGAUGGAUCUGAAGUUGGAGGAACUCAGGUUUCCCCGUGUUUGCCGGAAGAUCCUGCUCUUCUUUCGCAAGAACCCCUAUUUCCGGAACGAAGUCAUCGUGAAGGAGUAUGUCCUCAGCGCUGUGGGGUACGGGCCGUCUCAUUGCACUCCCAUCCAGUGGCACCAGGAUUAUGAACGAGAGGCCUACAGUAGCAGGCACCACAACACCAGUCUUAACUUCUUCAACUUGUUCUCUGACCACAGCUUUGCCGGUUCUAGCAGGAUAGCUGAGAUCAUUCUGGACGACCUGUGGCCCAACCCCCUGCAGUACUACGUGAGGAAGAAGGCCUCAGGAGAGGGAACCGAGAGGAGAACAG